AGUAGCACAACGCAAACAGACUGCGGUUGCACAACGCAAACAGACUGCAGUAGCACAACGCAAACAGACUGUGGUAGUACAACGCAAACAACACGCAUGCAGUUGCUUACUCAUACGCAUGCUCUAGAGCCUGCAGACGCAGUACACUGUGGACAACGUUGAGCUUCCGUUCGGCCUCAAAUAAUGGCUGCACAGAUUGUGGGUCUGGCAACAACAUUUCAACGUCAUGUAGCCGACAUUGAAAGAUCUCUUAGCACGUGUGACUCUGAAAGCUUGUGGUCGAUUGAGUGUCGCGCCGAAUCUCUUCUAACAAACGUCUGCCGCGCCCAAAAUAUUCUUGGAAGAGAAGGAGAAGCACUGUUUCUCCGUUGCCAGCAACUGGUGCGAGCAAUACAAGAGAGAACAAGAGCAGAAAGUACGGAACCUCAAUCCACUACAGGAUUUCGUGUGGAAAGAGUGGCUCAUGGAAGAGGACGUCCAAAGGCUAACGUUUCGUUAGAGCAGCUGGAGUUUCUUUUGUCGUACGGAUUUACUGUCGGGGACAUGUCUUUAGUUCUAGGAUGUUCUGUUCGAACUGUCCAUCGUCGUUUGACAGAGUCUUACACAGAUAUCUGAUGAAGAUCUAGACAGCAUUGUGCUGGAGAUAAAUCGAGAGUAUCCUAGACAUGGAUACCGUAAUGUUGAAGGCCAUCUUCUUGAGCGAUCAAUUCGCGUCUCUAGACGAAGAGUCAGAAGUAGCUUGUGUCGGGGGGGGGGGGGACCCAGAAGGCGUAACACUUCGAUGGUCGUACACUGUUCAGCGUCGUAAAUACAGCGUAUACGGUCCAAAUGCCUUGUGGCACAUCGACGGUCAACAUGGUCUUAUUCGCUGGCGUUUGGUCAUACAUGGAGGUAUUGAUGGCUACAGUCGUGUUCCAGUAUACCUCAAUUGCAGCUCUAAUAACAGAGCAGAUACGGUUUUGUCCUACUUUCAGAAAGCUGUUUGUGACUAUGGGAUGCCCUCUCGAGUAAGAGCUGAUCGCGGCGUUGAAAACGUUAAGGUUACGGAAUUCAUGCUGACUACACGAGGAACUGACAGACACAGCUUUAUAGCAGGAAGAUCUGUCCACAACCAACGGAUAGAGCGAUUGUGGAGGGAUGUUGGCGUCGCCGUAACAGGAACUUACAAAGCUGUCUUUCAAAGUCUGGAGGAGCAAGGCCUCCUAGACGCUGACAACUCAACAGAUUUGUGGUGUCUGCACUACGUUUUUAUACCACGAAUUCAAAGCAGUCUUGAUGGGUUUCGCCAUGCGUGGUGCAGACACCGCCUAUCGACUGAACGUGGACGGUCGCCAUUGCAGUUUAGAUAUUGUUUAUUGUAAGAAUUACUAACAAAUUCAGGCGCACACAUUAUCUGCAGUUGUGGAUAGCCGGUAUGUUGAGAUUGCAGGGUACGGAAUACUCCGCAGCAGACUCGAUGACAAUUGAUCCAACUGAAUACAGUGUCGACUGGGAUGGCCCUGUGUCACAUGACGACGACGAUAACGACGUAGAUGGAGUAUACAUGCCAAUGAGUGUCGAUCUUCCUAUUAGUCAACAUGACCUAGACGAGCUAUAUACGACCAUCGAUCCCAACGCUGGGAGUGAGAAUUUUGGUAUCGACUUGUACGUUGCCACCUCUGACUUUAUUGCAUCAAAACUCUUGUAGAAUUUUAGAUAACGUUGUGAGCUGAUAUGUAGUUUCUUAAUUGACAUCAAUUGCAAAACAUUAAGCAGUUUGAUUUUUGCUGUUUCUCGCGGGAUAUAAUGUUACAUAAAAUUAAGUGUAGUGGAAAACUUAGAAAAUUCUGUAAGCGCCGCAAGCUCUGUAUCUAGUGAAUAUGCCUACUGUUC